AUGUGCUAUAUUGGUUUGUUCUUACUGAUGACAAUAGCGCAUUAUAUCAAGGCUUUAGACAACGGUUUAGCUAAAACACCGCCUAUGGGGUGGAUGUCGUGGACGAAGUUUUACUGUCAGAUUGACUGCAUACGACAUCCUUUUACUUGUAUCAGUGAAAGACUUUACAUGGAUAUGGCUGAUCGUUUAGUUGAGGACGGUUAUUUUCAAGCAGGCUACGAAUAUAUUCACGUUGAUGAUUGUUGGAUGGAAGGAACUCGAGAUCAAUUCGGUCGUUUAGUUGCGGAUCAUCAACGUUUUCCGAGUGGAAUGGCGGCAUUAGCUGAUUACAUGCAUAAACGUGGCUUGAAAUUCGGCAUCUAUGCGGAUUACGGUACGGCUACGUGUGCUGGCUUUCCAGGUACUUAUCAACACACAAAAAUAGAUGCUAACACGUUUGCUGAUUGGCAAGUGGAUUAUCUCAAACUUGACGGUUGUAAUAUCAAUUUUGAUUUAAUGCCAAGUGGUUAUGCUGAAAUGGGUCAAAUGCUGAAUUUAACUGGCCGGCCUAUAGUUUACUCUUGCAGCUGGCCUGCUUAUCUUAUUAAUCAACCUCAAAAAGUUGAUUAUAAACUGAUUGGGGAGCACUGCAAUUUAUGGCGUAAUUUUGAUGAUAUUAAACUAUCUUGGGACUCAAUCAAAAGUAUCAUCGAUUAUUACGAUCAUAAUCAAGACAAACACAUACCUGCUCAAGGACCUGGAAAAUGGCAUGAUCCUGAUAUGAUAAUUGUGGGAAACAAUGAAAUUACUGUAGAUCAAGCAAAAGUCCAAAUGUCCAUCUGGUCAAUCUGGUCAGCACCCUUAAUUAUGUCUAAUGAUUUGAGAUUGAUCGCACCCAUAUUUCGAGAAAUUUUGAUAAAUCCUCUGGUUAUUGCUAUUGAUCAAGACCCUUUAGGAAUCAUGGGUCGAUUGGUGGCUAAUACAUCCAACAUAGGCAUUUACGUUAAACCUGUGACUCCAGCUAAGCCCUCAUUGGGUCUAUACUCUUAUGCUGUUGCAAUUUUCAACAGGAAUCCAUACCAACAAAUGCAUGUAGAAUUCAUGUUUUCAAAAAUUGGCCUUACCGACGCAGGUGGUUAUUUCGUGCAAGAUUUAUGGAGUGGUCAGAAUAAAGGCCUUUUCAGACCUCAUGAUUAUUACUUUACUACUGUGAAUCCAACUGGUAUUGAUUUAUUCAAAGCAACAUUGUCUGACUUGGGGAGUGGGUAA